CCCCGAUACAUCCUAAAACCCAGAGAUUCUUCUCUCGAAAUCGGAAUAAUCGAUGACAAUGAAACCGGAACUGCAUCACCAGAAGCUACAAAGUACCAGAGAAGCCGAAGAAGAAGAUAUCUUAAACGACGAUGGUACUGAUAUUUGUGAGCAACUCAUGGUUCGUUACGCAGCCUCGGCAGCACCACAGCACCGCCACCUCCUUGCGACUGCUGCCGCCCUACGCGCGAUGCUUGACUCCGAAACCCUUUCUUUUACCCCCAAUUCCUACUUUCUCGCUGCCGUCAACAACCUCUCCGACGUUGAAUCCCUGGACGCGACGGCGGUUUCUGCUCUGCUGUCGUUUUUGGGGAUUGUGGUGCCAUUGAUGAUCCCCAAGGAGGGGAUUAAGGCAGAGAAGGCGAGGGAUGCGGUGGGCGUGCUUGUAGCUGUGGUGGAGAGGGAGGGAUUGGGGGUGGCUAGUGUGAAGGGUGUAGUGAAGUGUUUGGGGGCUUUGAUGGUGGGGUUUUGCGAUUUGGAGGAUUGGGAUUCCGUGGAGCUGGGGUUUCAGACGCUGCUUAAAUUCUCUAUUGAUAAGCGUCCCAAGGUGCGAAAAUGUGCUCAAGAUUGUCUAGAGAAGGUUUUUAGGUCAUUUUCGAGCUCAGGCGCUAUCCAGGAGGCGAGCAAAUUGAUACUGUCUCUGUUCAAGAGUUACAUGCCUCUUGCAGUUGAAAUAAGUAAUAUAAAGGUGUUAAAUGCUUCUAGAGAUGAAAUGUUAUCAAGAGCUGAACAUUUGGAGCUCCUCCAUACGCUAAAUGUGGUGAAGCUUACAGUUCCCUAUCUUUCUGCAAAAAUCAGUUGUAAAGUUCUAUCUGAGCUUCAUCAGAUCAUGAAUUCAGAGUUUUCACUAGUUACAAGGCAUGUUUUCAACAUUAUCGGAGUGUUCUAUGAGACUUCAAAAGUUGAAGGUAUUAUUCCAAAGGCAGAUAAAAUUAUAGCUUCCCUUGCUGCUUACGUAUUUUUGUGGGAGAAGAAUCCAGCAGACACCGUCUUGGCUGCAGCAACCUUGCUAAAAAGCACUUUGGACCAAGCUCAUUCUGCUGAAUCAACCUCAUGGUUUAAGAACAUUCGUUUAGUUUGGGAAACUAUUACAGGUCUUCUGACUUCUGAGGCUAGCACUGCCUCGUGGGCUUCAGGUAUCAUGAAAGAGUUGAUUGACCACCACAUCGACCCAAAAGUAUUCAUUCCUGAUGAAAACCAAUCACUUGAGGAUGUAAGUCAAGAGAGUGAAGGAGCGGGCAUUAUACAAUCCAUUUGCAUUAUCCUUGAGAACACUCUUAGCUCAUGCGACGGGAUUCCAAAUGAGCAUAUUUUGGGUGUCCUUUCUGCGUUGUUUUGCAAGCUUGGAAAGCUCGCCGUCAUCUUUAUGAAGGGUAUUGUUAUUAAACUUGGCGACUUGAUGGAUAUAGCUUGUGGAAACACAUCUAAAACUGCUCAUCUUCAGAGCUGUAUCGGAUCAGCAGUAACUGCAUUGGGUCCAGAAAGCAUGCUUAACAUCUUACCUAUAUCUCUUCACGCGGAUGAGGUCACUUAUUCAAACACUUGGUUAAUACCAAUACUAAAAGAUCAUAUUGUUGGAGCAUCACUGGGAUAUUACAUGGAGCAUAUCGUGCCUCUUGCAAAAUCCUUUCAGCAGGCUAGUCGUAGAGCUAAAAAGUCAGUAAUUGGUCAAGAUCUGCAGGAUCAUGCUCAUGUUCUAUGGGGGCUUCUUCCUGCGUUCUGUCGCUAUCCUGUUGAUACUCAUCAAAACUUUGGUCUUCUGGCUGAGGUUUUGGUUACUUUCCUUAGGAAGCGCUCUUUCAUGCAUGAAAGCGUAGCUGUUGCUUUACAGGUACUGGUGAAUCAAAACAGAAGUGUACUUUGUUCUGAAGCGGACAAGCCUUGUACCGAUGAAAUUAAAGAUUCUACCUUGGAAGUCCGAAUAGUCCCCUUUUAUUCAAAGAAAACUGCAACCAGAAACAUCAGGGCUUUGGCAUCAUCGUCUACCAAAUUGCUUCAGGCUCUAAUAAAUCUAUUUAUUAAAUCUCGUCCUGAGAAGCAAUCGUAUUUAAAGGAUGCCAUUGGAUGUUUGGCUUCUAUCACUGAUUCAUCUACUACAAAGAAGAUCUUAACGUUACUGCUGGAAAGGUUCCAGUUCAUUAAUAGUAAAGGUGAAUUUGAGAAGUUAGGGGGUGAAAAUCCGGAGAUGAUUGCUAAAGCACAAGGCGACCUAAAAGCUACUCAGAAACAUUCACAGAGGUGUAUAAUAAUGAAUGUGGCUUCUUCUCUAGUUGAAGGCGCCAAUGAGGAUCUUAUUCAUUUAAUAUAUGAUUUCAUUGUGUACACUUUCCAGGAAACUGAAACAGUUGGCCACUGUGAAGCUUACCACUCUUUAAGUAGAAUUUUAGAGGAACAUGCUUGGUUUUGUGCUUUGCGAUCUACAGAGCUUAUUGAUUUAUUGCUUCGCCUAAAACCUCCAGUUGAUGUCGUAUCUCUUAGAAAUCGAUUUGCUUGUUUCCAGCCUCUCAUGUUUAACUUGCUGAAGGUUGAAACCUCUCUUCCGAUGAGCUUGGAAGCGGAAGAUACCAAGGCAUUUUGCAUUUUAAAUGAGAUUAUAAUUACGCUGAAGGAUUCGGAUGACGAAGGGAGGAAAGUGGCUUAUGAUGUACUCAUUACUAUAUGUCACACCUUAAAACGCUCAUCAAAUGUCACUUCCAAUGAUCCUUACCAGAAACUGAUUAACAUGAUGAUGGGAUAUCUUUCUGGUUCAUCACCUCACAUAACAAGUGGAGCAGUUUCGGCACUGUCUGUACUGGUUUACCAAGAUGCAGAUAUUUGUCUCUGUGUGCCUGAUAUUGUUUCCUCUAUCUUAUCUUUGCUUUCAAGCAAAGCUGUUGAAGUUAUUAAAGCUGCUUUGGGCUUUGUUAAAGUGUUGGUGUCUUGCUUACAAGCAAAUGACCUGCAGAAUAUUCUGUCUGAUGUUUUAAGUGGAGUCCUCCCAUGGUCAUCUGUAUCUAGACAUCAUUUCAGGUCAAAGGUGACAGUUGUAAUAGAGAUACUUAUACGGAAGUGUGGGUUUGCUGCAGUUGAGUUUGUAACUCCUGGCAAAUAUAAAGGUUUUAUCAAAACUGUAUCGCAGAAUCGCCAUGGCAAGUCAAGUUCAAACGAAGCUGGUACUACUGAUGCAGACACAGUGCUUGAAGAUUCACCUUCAGACAGGUCAAAGAAGAGGAAACACAAGGAACUGGGUGCCCCACAUGCUGAAGAUGUUUCUAUAAAUCCUAGAAAGAGAAAUAAGGAGAAGAAAUACAAUCCUGCAUUUCCUAACUCAAGGGAGCCACAUAAGUUUUCUGGUGAUGGUAGCAAUGGAAGAUCAAAAUGGGCUAAUAAGGCUAAUCAUAGAAAAUCAUUGGAUCAUGAAUCAGAAGAUAUUGGUAAGAAGAACAAAAGAGAUUUCUACAAGAGCCCUUCAAGUGGUGCUAAGAGAAGGAUUGGGCUGAGAAACAUGAAUAAGAAUGGGAGUGCAGUUCAUAAACCUGUAUCUGCUUCCAGACUCUACAAGAAGAGACGGGUUGGUUCCGAAUGAUUGAAAUUUUUUUGAGUAGGAAUAUGUGUCUCUAUACUUUGCUUUUGAAAGGAGAAAUUCUGCUGAUAAGGUAGAGAGUUCAUUUCAUUCAUAAGAGCAACCUCUCUAGCUUCAGAGAUUUUUGUCGUGAAGUCACUUGUCAUAAAAAAACUCUGGAUGGGGAGGGUAUAAGAAGUGGAGAAUUGCCAAUCUUUUGAGUAGGAGCUCGUGUGGUUCCAUGGCCUUCGAAGCAUUUGGAACUGAUCCUGAUCAUCAAUUUUAAGCCAAAUUUAACACUCCAGGUUAUUGGCACGGUAAUUGAAAAUCAACAUUGUGCCUUCUCUUUGGGUUCAUACUUUCUUUUGGAAGUUGUGGGGAGGGAGGAGGUUGAUAAUGUUUUUGGUGUGGUGCCUAGCUCCUUAAAAUGUUACAUACCUCACCAAUAGAGAACUGAUAUGACUCCCAGUUAUAUAUGUAUAAUCAAUUGGAUGGUGAAUUUGUUUAGAACUAGUGCCGACUCUCAAGACCAUCAGUUUGACUUUGUUGGAUGACGUUCAUGGUUAACAAAUUGAGUUUUGCAUCUAUAGACUGGUAACUUUAUGUGA